UUGAACAAUAUUUGAACUAAUUAAAACCAUAAUGGAGUAUUCUAGUGAUAAUCAGUACAUGGAACCUAAGGAGUACAUGGAGGAUUUGAACAAUGAUGUAAAUGAGAGUAUUGAAGUUGAAGACCAACACACAGUUGCCACAGUCCUACAAAAUAAUGAUGCUGAGCACACAGAGCUGGUUGAAGUUGAAGAGCUGAUAUCUGAAACAAAUCUGAAAUUGAAGUAUCAUGAAGCUGAAACAGUUGUACAGUGUGAGAGCAAACAAAUUAUUUUGACACAAGAAUCAGAGAAAACUACAUUGCUCAUCCUUGGGGAACAAAAGAAGAAAUUGUUGCAGCUGAUAAAUGAUCAGCAAAAGUUGGCUGAAGAACUAAAAAUUGAAAAUGAAUUUUCCCAUAAAAAAAUUGAACAAUCAAAAGAUGAAUUAUUUUCUAUGCAGGAGCGUGUUGCUAAUAAUGAGGUGAUUGUUGGAAAGUUGAGUGAAUUCAUAAGAGGAAUGAAAAGCAGUUAUGAUAAUUUGAACCUGAAAAAUGCAUAUUAUUCAAAGAAAGCUUCUGACCAGACGAAGAAGUUUGAUAAUUUGCAAUCUUCUUCAAGAUCAAAGAUUGAUCAAUUGAAAAUGAAAAUUGAGGAAAAAAAUAGACUACUGAAUAAUGAUAAUAAUGCUCUUCAAAAUGAGAAUCUUCUCUAUAAGCAACAAAUUGUUCAACAAAGAGAGAAGUUAGAUCAACUUGACCAACAGCAAAAACAUAAAGAAAUGCUGGAGAAACAAAUCACUUCCUUAAAAGUUAAACAAAGACAAUUAGAAGAGUUAUUAGCUGUUAAAAAAGCUAAUGAAGAAGACCUGGAGAGAAAUAUAUUGCAGUUGAAGAAAGAUGAGGCUCCCCUGAUAGAUAUCAGCAAUGAAUUAGAAAAAAAGAAGUCAAAACUUUGCCUUCUUUCUACCAAUAUUGAUGAUAUUAAAGAAAUAUUGCUUGAAAACCACAGAAUAAAUGAAUCCAAGGAGAAAGAACUUGAAAUUAAGAUGCAGGAAUUAUGUGGGGUUGAGGAUAAAAUGGGCAUACUCUUUGAGGAACUAAAAGAUAGGCAGAGCAAUAUUAAUUUGAAUUCUGAAUUAUAUGAAGAGGAGUUGAAUUCAGCAAAAAAGCCAUUAGAUAUGUUGAAUAACCACAUUUCUUCAUUGAAAGAAGAAAAUAACAAUUUGAAACUGGAACAGGAUCUCAUUAUAAGACAGUACACAGAGAAGCUAGAGGAGAAAACUCAACUCAUUGCUAUGAAAUGCUCUUUUGAAGAAAAAUUAAUGGCAGAACAGCCAAUUAAAGCUAACAUUCAGUUUUUAGAUGAACAUAUUGAAUUGGAGAAAUCAAAAGUUGACAAGUAUCAAGCAAAAAUAGAGGAGUUAUCCAAGGAUAACUAUGUACAUGAUUUGACAAAAAAUAAAGCCUAUCUCAUUUCCUCCAAGGAAUAUCUAACUGAUAAACUUGAAAAUGCCAAAGCAGAACUUGACACACUUAAGACUAGUUUGAGUAGAGCACAUGAAGAACAAUACAAAUCAGAAGAGGAUAUUGAGAAAAAACUGAAAAAAAUUGAAAAUUUGAAGAAAAAACUACUUGAGAACAAUAAGGAAGAUAUUCAGAGACCUGACACCCCAGUAGGAAUUCUGAAAUCUACUGCAUGUGCCAAACCAUGUCCCAUCUCUCCAAAAAAGGUGCAGUUUGUUGGUGUAUCAUCUACAGAUUCCAGUUGUCUAAGUGGACAAGGGGUUCGAGAAAAUGAGUCUGAGCUCUUUGAUAAGCUUCUAGAGAAUUUUCAGAAGCACAAGCAAACUGGAGGACACAUGAAAAAGAGAAAACUAGAGUUAGAGUGAGAAUAAGUCUCAAUGAAGUUGUAAUUCACAUUUUUUGCUUGAUUUGAAAAUGUUUCAAUUUGUUCUCAAGUAUGCAAGAAAAAGUUGUUUCAACAUGAAAUUAAGUAGGCACUAUUCCUUUC